AUGGGUGCAACAUCCUCAGCACAGAAGGACAGCUGUGUCGCUUGUCCCAAUGAUAACGGAUAUUGUAUCGACAUAAUACAAACUAGAUCAUCAGAGGUCCUCCUCUCUCUGGUGACAAAUUCUUCCCAUAGUGAUGGCGGAUUCCAGUUUCGUUUUAUGGCUGUGGAAAGGAACAUAGCAUCUACUUGCAUGAGUAACGGUACAAGGCUGUUCGCGGACAAAACACCCAAAUUUAUUAUGUCCCCUAGAUUCCCAUCCAAUUAUUAUAGUAAUUUGAAUUGUCUCUGGACUGUGGAACCAGCAGUCAUUGAGAAGGAUACCCGUUUAGUAUUUGAAUUUCGGUCACAAUAUCUAGAGAUGGGGUUUGAUGGCUGCUCCGAUUUUGUGAGGAUAGAUGGUUUAAAUGAUAAAAUGACACCAUGUUCUUGUCAGCAUGGAGGGACCUGCAUGUAUUCAACAUGUGUAUGUUCACAAGGUUAUAAAGGCAGCAACUGUGAGAACGAAUCUUUAGAAAUUCUAUACUUCAAAAGUAGCAAGACAGUAUUCCGUGAAGAAAAUGAAGUAUUGUUGGAAUCGGAGAUAACAGACAACUCUAACUUUACCGUCCAAUGGUCUCGCAAUGGAAUUUUGAUAAGUGAUAUUUUUUCGAGGUACAUUAUCAGUUCUACUGCAAUAGCCAAUGGUACAUUUCUACAUCAACUAAGGAUAUCAAGUGUUUUUGAACUAGAUGGAGGAAAUUGGAACAUCAUUGCUUCCAACGGGGUGACAAUGGUUAACAGGAGUAUUAUCAUACGAGUUCUCCCAAAACUUGAGCUGCAGAUGAUACCUCAGUACGAUCUCUCAACUGAAACGAAAGAAAACCUAACCCUUCAAUGUGUUGUGGUGAAUCCUGAAUCCCUGAUCAAUUUGACAGGUGGAAGUCUUAUCUGGGAAAAAGAUGGGAAGAAAAUUACAGAUUCUUGGUUCAAUAUAAGUACAACAAAUACGUCAACAAUUUUAAACAAAGCAUCGACAGAGGUCAAUGAUUCUGGAACUUAUUCUUGCUUACAUUCUACUUAUCCAGACCCAUUAAAUGUUUCCAUUUACGUAAAUGUCACAGAGCCAGAACCUGUAGAGAUACUAACCUUCAGAAUAAGUGAUCCAAUAUCACGAGAGGGGAAAUCUGUGCAGUUUGAAACGGAGAUAGUUGAUAUCCUUGACCUUGGAGUGCAGUGGUUCCACAAUGGGAACUUGAUAACGAAUUCUUCUUUGAGAUAUAUAAUAACAUCUUAUCCAACAGGGAAUGGUACAUUACGCAAUGUGCUUAGCAUACUAAAUGUUUUGCAACAAGAUGAAGGAAACUGGAAUAUCACUGCAUCAAACGGGAAAACAUCUGCAAGCAGGAGUAUUUACCUACGAGGUGAGGAAAAGUAA